CCUUCGCUUCCUUGUUUUCCAUCCCAUAAACCCAAAGGAACCGACGGCUCUUCCUCUCCUCGCUUCCCCCAUUCCUUCCGCCCCACUGCGCUCCUCCAAAACCCUAAGGAAAUCGGCGGAGGAGAGAGCCGCAUCGAAGGCCUGCCCCUCACCAGAGAUGAUGCAGGGUCUCCGCUUCUGGGGAGUUGUUGUCAAACCUGGAGAGACAGUGAAAUGUGACCCAGGAGAGUCACAUUAUCAUAUUUCACAGAUAGCACUGGAGGCUGACAAUAUGAAAGAGAAUGUGGAAGUUUUUGUCAACGUUGGUGGUAAAAGGAUUAUGCUUGGCACACUUUCAGUUGAUAAGCAUCCUCAGGUUGUAACUGAUCAGGUGUUUGACAAGGAGUUUGAGCUGGUUCACUCCUCAAUGACCAGCAACAUCUGCUUUACUGGCUACCAAUUCAAGAUCGUGAAAAGUUCUAACUCGUCUUCUAAAGAAGCAUCUGAUGUUUCAGGUGAUGAUUCUGACGAGGAGGUUCCAUUGGCUAUUCCACUAGACUCCAAUACAGAUGAUUACAAAAACAAUCAAGCUACACAUGGUGUCAAUAAGCUUACUGCAUCAAGGCCUGCUGAUGCUCCAUGCUCUAUAUCAAAGGCUGCAGUUCAGGAAACAGAUAGUCUUGAAGGGCCAGAGGGUGACCAUAAGGAUAAGACUGCUGCACAGGAUCCCAGUGAUGACAAUGAUAGUAAGGGUUCUGAUCAAGAUAUGGACCAUACUCCAAAGAAAAUGAAGGGCAACAAGAGGCCAGUGGAAACACCCCUGAAGACACCUUCAGCGAAGAAGACAAAUAUAGCAUCACCAACUGUGGGCAAGAAAACUGGCAGCUGUGUUGGUAAGAAAAGUGCGCAUGUCCACGUUGCGACCCCUUACCCAGCAAAACAGGCUCAUAAGAUAAGUGAGCAUGUUCAUGUUGCGACCCCUCAUCCAGCAAAACAUGCAAGGAAGACACCUGAAAACAGUGACAAGUCUAAGCAAUCGGCCAGCUACUUCUGCAAUUCAUGCAACAGGACAUUCAACUCCUCAAUGGGUCUCGAAGAUCAUUCCAGGAUGAAGCAUGGUGCCGCCAAAUGACCUCAAUGAUAUUCAUUUUGGCAAGACUGAGUGAGGUUCCAGCUAUGGGUCAAUGCUUGUUAGCUGAAUUUUAAUAUCGCAGAGACAGAAAUGAUCUGUAAAGAUGUCACCAUUUCUAGCUCGGGUCAACAAGCACCAUCAGGAUGUUUAAUCUUUGACACCCUUGUGCUACGUUGUUUUUUUCAGUUAUAUGUGCCAAGAUUCUGAAAUCCGUUGUAAUUAUGCUGGUUGGGUUCAGUUUGUCGGUUUCCUUGAGGAUGAAUUUUGCACUCAUCUGUAUUCUUGAGUUCACACUCGUAGCAAGUGGCAUUUUGCUUUCUGAUCGCUGUUCUGCCCGUGCAAAGAUGAUAAAUAUAAAGUUUGUUCAGUGCUA